GCAUUAGUCAUGAAACUGCUGAUGAAAAGGUGAUUUUUGGCAUUGAAUUUAAUUCAACUUUUCUGGAAUGUAUUCCUAAGUCCCAGCAAGCUUCUAUUAGGUGGUAUAUUCAACGCUCUGGAGAAGAACAUCGAGAAGAGCUAAAGGCCGAUGAGAGGAUCAUCAAAACGGAGCAUGGGCUGCUGAUCCGCAGCUUGCAGAGGCGGGAUGCAGGAGCCUACUACUGCAAAGCCCAGGAGCACACCUUCGUGCACACCAUCGUGAAGUUGAACUUGAACGUCAUUGAGAACGGGCAGAUGGAAAGCACCCAGAAGACGGAGGACGAGGAGGGCCGGGUGAGGGAUUUGCUCACCGAGUCGCGGCUGAGGUACAAGGACUACAUCCAGCUCGUGAGCAGCCCCAGCUUCAGCCUGGACGAGUACUGUGAGCAGAUGUGGCACCGCGAGAAGCGGCGGCAGCGAAACAAAGGUGGGGCCAAGUGGAAGCACGUGCAGGAGAUGAAGAAAAAGCGAAACCGGAGGCACCACGAGCCUGCCCGGCCACCAUCUACGUAGUCUGGAAAUUCUAUUUAAAGCAAGGACAUUUUCCAUGAAAAGAAAAAAAAUAUACUGUGUUAUGGUUUUGUGCAUCUUGCCUCUGAAUUAAUAUUGCUUCUUGUCAAAAUCAGAUAACUCACAAUCACUAUUAAUCUGUUACAAGAUUGUAUCAUGGGACACAGUACCAAAUGAAGUGUUCCCUAUCACAGUACCACACACCAGGCAAUAGUUUCAAAUGCUCUCAUUAAGAACAAAAGAUGUACACUUCAGCUAAUUUCUGGAUAGCCUGAGGCUACACGAGUUGUGUUCUGUACUUCUUCUUGCAUAAUUUUCACAUAGGAUUUAGUGUCCGUGUUCCCGUGUUAGUACUUGCUGCCACGUUCCCCCUCAGAGGUGGCUGCAUUUCAGAGGAGGGCAGACGUAUUUGUAGCUCUUUGGCAUCUUUCUGAAUAAGAAGCACUGUAGAAAUGUGUGA